CUAGUUCCUCUUUCCUGCCAGGGGCAGGGGGUCAGACACGAUGAUCCAUUGGGUCCCUUCUGACUCUACAAUCUAUGAAUCUGUGAAUAGUCACUCCCUCUUUUGCAUGUGUACAUGUGUGUUGGUAGUCAGAAAUAUGUGGGUACUUAUGAGUUCGGUGUCUCUGCAGCCCUGGUUCUGAUGACCUUCCCCAAAUAGUGUUUGAGAGACAAGAGAAUAAGCACGCAAGCAGGAAAAGUGCACUGCAAAAGAAAGAUCUUCGUUCUGACACUGAGUUUAUGAAGGAGAAGGGUGAAUGUGAUUUACAGUAAACAAAUGCACUGGGUGUCUGAUGAUCUAGGUGCCAGAUAGUAGGCAACUGCUCUAGUCUGAACGUGAAGCAGGCAUUCAGCAUUCUAAGAUAAAUUUUACUCUGUACGUGUGUGUGUGUGUGUGUGUGUGUCUGUGUGUGUGUGCGUGCGUGUUUGCACGCGUGUGCGGUUCAUCUAGCAGUUAAAGUAACAUUGGACAAUUCCUUGGUCUGCAUCCAUGUAUAAGUCAUUAUGUAGAUCCCAAACUCCAAAGCGCUUAAGUGGUUACAUAUCUAACUAUAAGAGUGAUGCUAUUGAUUUUGGACAUGCCUUGAAAUAUUUGCAGGUUGGGUGUAGUAAUAAAUUUUAGGAUUAGAUUGAACAUUAAUUUGUAUUUGAGGCAAGGAUUUCUUAGGGUGACAUCUCGUACCGGACCAGCUACGUAGUUGGGAUAAUGUUAGACAAGCUUUUGAGUGCAAGACAUUCUUUCUCAGGUCUCUGAUCUGUAUUUCAGAACAUGUUUGAGUUCACUUUCUUUAACGCUUUUACUCUGUGUAUCAAAGUUCUGAUGACUGGACCGAGCAUAUUUGGGUGUUAAGAAUCCUGACUGACAUGUUUCUACCUCAUAUUGACCUUUCAGAGUUAGAGCAAACAUUUUUCUCCAAAGUAUUACCCAAGGCUAUUCAAUUAUUUGAUGACUUGAUGUAUGAAUUAGCCAAGCAGGCAAAAGGAUUAACAAGCCAGAAUGCAGAAUUACGCACAGUACUAAGGAAUAUUUUACAGACCCUGGUGCAGCUGUUGGGAACUCUGACCAGUUGUGUACGGCACGUCUGUACUCUUGCGGAGUCUGUGCCCCUAGAGAGUAUCCGUACCCUUCCCUCUUCCAUUCUCUAUGUGAUCAAGAACAUGUUCGUGCACUGCAAGAACAGUGAAUCAGUGUACAACGGGUGCCUGCAUUUGAUAUCUGACCUUCUCCAGUCUCUGUUUAAGGAUACCUAUUGUCUUCAAAAGCAGCUUAUGGAACUGCUUGAUAUGAUCUCUAUGGAAUCUGCUACCACGGAAGACAGUGUUGUAAAUAUGGUGUCAGUGAUCCACACUGUACUGGAGAUCUGUUCUGUCAUUUCCAAUAUGGACCAUGCUCUUCAUGCCAACACAUGGAAGUUCAUAAUCAAGCAAAGCCUCAAGCAUCAUUCCUUACUGCAGAGCCAUUUGAAACACACUGACAUCCUCAAUAGCCUGUGCAAGGAUACCCUCUUCUCUUUCCAUUCCAGUUUGCAACUUGCUGAACAAAUGAAGCUUUCAGAGGUGCAGGAGGACAUAGACCACAAGUUGUUCCAGAGGACGGUUAAACUGUGUAGAUUUUUUGCUAAUUCCCUUGUACACUACACCAAGGAAUUUAUUCCCUUCCUCUGUGGUUCCUGCUGUCAGUUACACCAGCUGUAUCUUCAGAUAUAUAGCAAGUUUCCUCCCAGUCUGUAUGCUCCAGUGAUAUCAGAGGCCCAUCGAGAUGAAAUAGCCAGGGUUUUUCUAGUAGCUCUGGAUCCUCUCAUCUACCAGCUUCUUUCUUCAAGGGCUUUCUUGGAACAGGUGUUAAGUGAAAAAUUAGAUCUUUCUCCUGAACUGCAGCUGCCUCAGUGUCAUCUUCUGGUUAGCAUAAUGGACAAGCUGGCCACUCAGCCUGAAGAGGUGCGAACUCUGUGGAGCUCAGGAAGCCAGUCUGCAGAAGAGAUUCCAAGGUUGUCAUUGUUCUCAGCCCUUUUCCUUAGUUUCCAGCAGUGUUCUGGUGAGCUCGCUCUUCCUGUCUGUUUGCCUGGAGUGUUAAGUACAGGGCAACCUGAGGUUCCUGUCACCUUGUAUCACCACGUUUGUGUCCAUCUGUGUGCCUUCAUUGCAGCUGUGUUGCCUUCACACUUCCCUCAACUGGAGUAUGCUCUGCUUGAUGCUGUCCUUGGUUCUAGUAUGAUCACCUCCCUGCUGGCUAUGGAUUCAUGGUGUUUCCUAGCUCGGUAUGGAACAGCGGAACUUUGUGCUCACCAUGUUUUUGUGAUAGCCCAUUUGAUAAAGUCUUGCCCUAGUGAGUGUUACCAGCUCUCUAUCUUGGGUGUCCUCCUGAGGCGUAUGCUGUUUUUGAUGGCUCCAGACCACCAGGUGGAAUUUACCCAAAAAUUUCCUCCCACAGAACUGGAAAACCUGCCUGUCUGGCAGCUUAUUUCUCUCAAGGCCCUAGCUCCUGAUAUAAUGAAACAUGUGGUGAACCAGCUCUGUGGGGUAGGGCUUGUGCAGAGCAGGCAGUGGCUGAGUGGCAGGCGCACACUAGGAGAGCUCCCACAUGUGAAUAUUGCUCUCUCCGCCUUGCUGACUGUGUGUAAUUCUGCUGGGGGUGUUCUGGAGGCAGGACAGCAGGCAGCCAUCUUGGGAAUUGUUGGUCAGGUCUGGGCUGUCCUCCAGGUCAAGCAGCUUCUCACAAAUCGGGUGGUGGUCUAUUUGUCUGAGGCCAGACUGAGUAUUUGGGAACAUUAUUGCAGUAUUAAGUUUUUUCUACAUCAGUUGAAUUGCCUGGUGAGCAGAAGUGUUCUGUUGCUAAUGAUAUCUUCUGAUCUGCUAAAGGUCUCAAGUCAACAGUGUCUCCAGCAGACACUCUGCUUACUGCUUCAGCUGCUGCAAUUUUUCAGCUUGACGUUAGAGCCUCAACUGAUGAUUCAGGUAUUUGUAUUGCAAACUUCCCUCCUUCAGUUGGAUCCUCCAGAUCACAUUCGGUUGGCAGCAGUGGAUUUUCUUUCAUCUCUGGGAAAAUUGUUUAUACCCCAAGUAGUCCAGGGACAAGUUGUGUCCAAGCUGUCAGGUCUCUUUGGCUCUCUGUUGGCUGACAGGACUUGGCUGAUUCACCAACAUGCCCUGGAGGCAUUUGCUCAAUUUGCAGAGGAAACAAGCCAUGAAGACAUAGUUCCUCAGUGCCUUAAUUCUGAAGACAGUAAGAACAAAGUUGUUUGCUUUCUGGCCAAGACAAGGCAGGUGGAAGAGACAGCAGAAGCAAGGGCAGAAAGAAUGAAACAAGAAAAUGCAGUUUGCAAUAGAUACUUUCAGAAAAUGAAAAUGGAUGGUGACCUGGGGUCAAUAUUAGAGCCUUCAGCAAAGAGAGCUUGUCAUUCACCCUCCGAGGAGCAGUAUAAGUCAGCAAUAGGCACAGCAGAGGGGGCACUGGAAGCUGUGAAGUUGCUGCUGCAGAAAGGACCUCCACCUGCUUGGCUUACAGUGAAAUUAGAGGCUCUACAGGCAGCUCUAGCCAGCUUAAGAGACCACGUGGUAAGAAACUGAAAUGUGUUUAGACAUUAAAUGGCUCAGCUAGCAGAGACAGUGCCACAAGAGGAUCCCAGCUGAAAAAACAAUCUGAAAAGGAGUUACUGUGGUGAUAAGCUGGUAUAGAGACUCUGGUGUUGAUUAAAUGUUUCUUCAGUUUGUCCUCUGUUAAAUUGCCUCAUUAGUGUUAAGGGGUGGUGACCUGCCUUCCACAUUAGUUGGCUAAAUAGGCCAACCUAUUUUUGUGUUGUGUGAAGGAGUUGAUGUUUCAUGUUGUUGAUUGUAUAUAGAAGACAGCUUUUUUAAAGUGUUUCAUUUGCUGCAAAUUGAACUGACAAGUGUAAUAAGGUAUCUGAAUUUUUUGUAAGAGAAAAUGAAUGGCUACAGCAGUUGCCCUGCUAUGUGUACAGGUAGAGAGGGUGGUGACACUUUUAAUUAAA